GCUCCAAACUGAGUGUGAAGAAAAUAUGAGCAUCUGAAUCACGGGCAGACAGCUUCAUGCUAUUGGUUCCCUGGGGAUUUACCUGUAAAUGGGAGUGCCCAUCAUCAUCAUCAUCAUCAUCGUUGUUGUCGAGAUGAAUUGUUCCUUCCUCUGAUCCCUUGUAGAAUCCGUUGAGGAAUUCGAUUGGGAAUAACUGAAUCAACGUUCCCAGGACUCCAAGCAUGGAGCCUAUAACGUCGUGGAGCAAGGAGAGAGUAAGCGACUGGCUCAAAGGUCUGGACGUCCCUCUCCAGCAGUAUCCCUUCACAGAGUGGCAGGUGACUGGUUUGGAACUGCUUCAGCUCUCCUCCGAGGACCUGGAGCGUCUGGGCGUCCAGAAGAUUGGCCACCAGGAGCUGAUCCUCGAGGCCGUGGAGAAGCUGUGCUCCCUGACAUACGGUAUGGGUGGGGAGAGCCUGCGCUGCCUGACAGAGAAGCUGCGCAUUGUGGUCCACUCCCUGACCAUGGGCAUUCAGGUCCGCUGGAGGGUGAACCCCUACGACGGGCAGACUGCCACCAGGCUGCCGGCUAGCGUACUGCAGGUGGUGCUGGAGCUCAUCACCUCCGCCAAGGGCCUCUUCUCUCUGCUCAACAGGUACCAGUUUGCCCAGCUGAGUGCUUACACGACCAGUAGGAACAUCAUCACCCACUGUAAAGAGCUGGGGACCACAGUACACAAGGAUUCAACAGUUUACGAGAAAGAAAAGGACAUCAUCUCCAUCUGUCGUCAGUUGGAGGCAGUGUGUGACGAGAUCCUGAACUGCAGUCCAGAGGCGCUCCUUACCCACACUGCCCAGCUGGAGAGUGUUGACCUGGUGCCUGUCUCCCCCGGCGACCACCUGGGCAUUGAGAUAACGUCCACUGGCUCCAGUAAUCACUACAUCACCGGCACCACCUCAGAGUCACCCGCUGAGAUCUGUGAGAAGAUACUGGCUGGGGACGAGGUGAUCCAAGUCAAUGACCAGAUUGUGGUUGGCUGGAGCAGGAAGAACCUAGUGAAGAAACUGAAGGAGAACCCCGGUGGGGUGACGCUGGUCCUCAAGAAGGUCCCCGUGUCACUGAGAAGCAAAGAGACAGCCCAACAGCCCCCCUCGCCACAGAAAGAGGAAGAAGAGGAGGAGGAGGAGGAAGAAGAAGAGGGCAACCAGAAACACUCCCUAUUUGAGAGAGUAGCAACCUCAGUCAGGUCCCUGUCAUUCAGGGCUGCAGUUCAAGGGCCAGUGGAUAUCCAGCCCAUGGGCCAGGAGAAGUCGGAGCUGUCCAGCGACAGGGGAUUGGACGGCAGCCUGACAUACAACUUAUGUCCCAGGGGAUCCCAGGGGGACAUCUCAUACCUGUCAUCAGGAGAAGCCGAGGGUUUGGAGGGGUCCAGGUUCAGCCCCGGGCCGAACGGAAAGGGCUCUGCACCCUCCAGAAGUCCGUCCCCCCGGGUAAUAGAACUAGGCAGAGCGAGCAUCAGUUCCAUCAGUUCCUGUCCUGAGAUGGGCGGACACAUGGAGGAUAAAGAACAAGAAAUGGGGUCUACAAAAGGCACGCGUAAAGCGAUGAGCAGGCGGCGUGUGUCGUGCCGUGAGCUGAGUCGGCCUGAGUGUGACGGCUGGCUGUGGAAGAAGAGGAAGGAGAGCAGUGUGUUCAUGACCCAGAAGUGGCAGCGCUUCUGGUUCGUCCUCAAGGGCCCCUCUCUCUAUUGGUACACCAGUCAGCAGGAGGAGAAAGCGGAGGGCCUGGUUAAGAUCUCCAGCUACAACAUAGAGGGUGCAGGAGAACACAAGAGGAAGUAUGUCUUCCAAAUGUGCCACCAGCGCUUCCAGACUUUCUUCUUCGCCGCCGAGAACGUCAAUGACAUGACCAAGUGGAUCAACUGUCUGAUUUCAGCCAUCCAAAAACACAAGAAGUUCCACAAAGGGCCACCUGACAGCGAAGAGGAGUGUUACAGUGAGACAGAGUCAGAAGAUGAGGGGUCUUCUCCUUCUCCACACAGAAACAAGAUCUACACGAAAACCCUGUCCAACACACUGCCUCGGUCCAGGAAGGACAAGGACAAGGGCAAGGACAAGGCCAAGGACAAAGAGAAGAAGGACAAGAUGCACGUUCCUGGUCCACCCACAGGGCGCAGCAGAAGCCCAGGAGCUCCGGAGGAUGAGAUGGGCGUGCUGUUCCACCGGCUGAAUGAGGGUGGCGUGUCCCUGAUCGGCAGCGACAAGCUCACAACUCACGACCACUUCCGCAAGUCCUUCAUCCGGCGCAACAAGAACCCGGUCAUUAACGAGAAGGCCCACACACUCCGCGUGCUGCAGAGCACCCUCAAGGAUAAAGAGGCGGAGCUCCAACUCCUUAACAAGGUUCUGGAGGACUCUGGUCUGACGUCACAAAAGUACCGCCAGUGGAAAGAACAUAACGAAGACCUUCACCUGGUGAUCGAGAGACUGGCUGUCCAACGGGCCAAGGCAAGGGCGGGGCAUGAAGAGGACCAGGACACACCCCCCGAACCGUCGCCCGGGAAGCAGGUCGCCGUGGAGACGGGGGGUGUGUGUGGACUGAGCCUCAGUGACGGGGAGAUGCUGGUCGAUGCGGAGCCGUUGUUGUCGAGCCCGGUGAUGAAUGUGGAUGACUUGGAUGUGGAGCCACAGUCGGAACACUCAUCGACUGCUGAGAGCAGCGCAGACCAACAGAGCAGCAACACAGCCGACGUAGCUAGUCAAGCUAGCCCAGAUAAUUACUUCUACAUAUGAGACACCAAUGGACUGAUCUGAUGAUGUUUUUUUUCUAGUUUCCAUCAGUGAUUAUUAUAAGGGCCUGGUGUUUCUCCCAACCAUAUGACCUAAGCAGGAAAAACUCAUGGCUCUAGUUACAGCUGUGAUACGUUCUAUUGAGGUCUUUCUGGGUCAGUAAAAAGUGCUCAGUAAAAAGUGUGGCCCCUCAGGAUUUUUGCUUGGUUUUUGUUGAUAUAGGAAAGACGGGCUUUGCCAAUCCAAAUCUGAAUUCGGUAUUCAUAUAACAAAAAAACUAACAAUUUUGCCAAGUAUCACUCUAUUGAUAGAUAUAUACUGUAUUCAUGGGAUAUUAUGGGCUGUCUUAGUUUUCUACUAUUGCAUUAUUAUUGCAGAUUUUAAAGGAGAUUUUACAGGUAAAUUAUAUCUAUGUGCUUUAUGCCUGUUAUGUACAUAGAAUUUUAAAUGUCAUGUAACAACAUGUAUUGGCGUUUUUUAAACUUAGAUUGUAUGUAUUUUUGCACAGAAUAAUGUCCGAUCUUGCCACGUAAUGAAAAUUGUUAUUAUAGAUCAAAGACAAUUAUUCAUUUUAAUCUGAGGUUAACGUUGAAGACUGUUCCAAGAUGUGAAAACGUGCUUGUUUUCAGCUGGGUUUGUCCAAUGCAUCUUGAAUACACUGAUGGUACAAAACAUUAGGAACACCUUCCUACUAUUGAGUUGCACCCCCUUUUGCACUCAGAACAGCCUCAAUUCUUCG